UGUUCCAUUAAUUUCAGGUUGAUUUUCAUAAGUGAAGUUUAGGCCAAGCUCUACUCGAAAACAUGGAUUUCCAAAAUCGUCCUGGAGGAAAAACUGGCGGAGGAGGUGUUGCCUCAUGGUCCGAAAGCAAUCGAGAUCGAAGGGAAAGAUUGAGGCAACUUGCCCUUGAAACUAUAGACCUCAACAAGGAUCCUUAUUUUAUGAAAAAUCAUUUGGGUUCUUAUGAGUGUAAACUGUGUUUGACCUUGCACAACAAUGAGGGGAGCUAUUUAGCUCAUACCCAAGGAAAGAAACAUCAGGCUAACCUCGCACGGCGAGCAGCAAAAGAAGCAAAAGAUUCUCCUGUACAGCCAGCCCCAGAGAAACCAAGAGUUGAAGUGAAGAAGUUUGUGAAGAUUGGGCGCCCAGGUUAUCGUGUCACAAAACAACGAGAUCCCGAGAGUGGCCAGCAGAGUCUUCUCUUUCAGAUUGAUUAUCCAGAGGUUGCAGAUGGAGUCUUUCCCAGGCACCGUUUCAUGUCUGCUUAUGAGCAGAAAGUAGAACCACCUGAUCGGAAAUGGCAAUAUCUACUAUUUGCAGCAGAGCCAUAUGAAACAAUUGGCUUCAAGGUUCCAAGUCGUGAAGUUGAUAAAUCUGAGAUAAAGUUCUGGACAUACUGGAACAAAGAGACAAAGCAGUUCUUCCUCCAGUUCUCAUUCAAGAUUGAGGCACCAAGACCAAAGACAAUGAUGGCUCCACCACCACCGCCUCCAGGCCAGAUGAAUCUUGGUCACAGGCCACCAAUGAUGCAUGCUCCACCUCCACCUCCUCCCAUGGGGAUGCAUCAUGGACAUAAUGCACCCUAUCGAAUGAUGGCUCCACCACCAAUGGGAUAUGGAGAGAAUGCACCGCCGAUGGGUCGCCCAUACAUGCACGCUCCUCCUCCACCCCCUCCAAUGCGUGUGGCAGCUCCUCCACCUCCUCCUUCCCAAUUAUCACAUGCCUCAGGAUCUAAUCCCCAAGCUCCUCCACCUCCCCCAUCUUUCAAUCCCAUCCCCCCUCCACCACCAAAAAUUGGCAUUAAUUCCACUCCUGCACCACCCCCUCCACCUAAGAUCAACUAAUGAAGCAGUAGACUUACUUCUGGUUUUCUGGAAUUUUGCUGUUUUUGACUUGAUGCAUACUGUGAAGUAAAUGCUUUUUUGAGCAAUA